GUGUUUGUCAGAGAUCCUUCAGACCCAUGUCUGCUACGCUGAGAGGACUCCACCAGUCUGCCUUGGACAUGACAGACCAUCCAGGCUCAGAGGGCAGUGUGACAGACAGUUUUGGACAGUUCAUCCAGGGUGUCCAGUCCUACCAAAUUCCCCCAUCCUGCUCCACCGCAGCAAGAGGAUGGUUCUGGACUCCAAUCGGAGUGGGACUACUGGGCAGCACCACACACAUCUUCCAGUUGGCCCUACAACACUGUCAGUUCUGUAUACGGACGCAGAGGAACCAGACUCUCCGCAACCCUCGCUGCCUUUAUUCAACAGAGUGGCUGCCCACUCCGUGGACCUUGACGAUGCCUGGCACCCUGCCAUUCACCCGUUGGGGGCGGUCCUUCCCGCUCUACUGGCGGUCAGCGACAUACUGCCCAAUAACAGAAAGCCUAGUGGGCGGGACUUUCUGUUGGCCUUCAACGUUGGAAUAGAGUUCCAGGGAUGACUGAUGAGGUUCUCCAACGAGGCUCACAACAUCUCCAAGAGGGGAGGACUGGACCAUUCCUCUGGUGCUCUCUAUGGGGCUGUAACAUAAGUAUUAUAAAUGCUUACAGGUCUGUUUGUGUGGUAUUCUACCAGCCUGUCGCUGGGAUAGCAGAGGCUCAGUGGCUAGUCUAAUUAGCUUACUUUAAACAGUGGAUUCCCUCAGACAUGUACAUUUGAAGUCGGAAAUUUACAUGCACUUUGGUUGGAGUCAUUAAAUCUAGUUUUUCAACAACUCCAC